UCGCAGCGGUGCUGCGUUUCAUCCAAAUCCGGCUCAAGUGCUCAUUUGAAGGGCAGAGAUGGCUUCCAAAUCUCUGCUUCUCAUUGGCGUUGUCCUAGCUUCCCUCCUCCUCGUCACCAAGGACGUGGUUGCUGCUAGAAACCAGUUCGUCGAGGCAAAUGAGUCCGAGGGAAAGAACACGAAGCUUACUGGUGGGGCUGACUUCAGGGAUGAGAAAGGGGGUCACGCUUAUUAUGGUGGCGGCUAUGGUGGUGGAUAUGGUGGAGGGUACGGUGGCGGCUACGGUGGAUAUGUACCUGGGCGCGGUUGGUAUGGCGGUGGGUAUGGUUACCCUGACUUUGGUGGUGGAUACGGUGGCGGCGGAGGCGGCGGAGGCGGCAGAUAUGGGGGUGGUGGUGGAUAUGGCGGUGGAUACGGUGGCGGCGGUGGUGGUUACGGUGGUGGAUAUCCUGGAGCUGAAUAUUAUGGUGGAGGUGGGGGCUGGCACUAGGAGCUACAUACAAGAGUGCUUCAACAAUAUUACCAAGUGAACUUCCAUAAAAGAAUUACCAUGGCUCGCUUGCUUUAGGCACGGCUUCAUGUUCUCCCUUUGAUGUUAACUUUCAUUUGGUACAAUGUUGUAAUAUCAUGUUAUAUGGAGCCAUGUAUAAAAUAAAAUGGAAGACCCACUUUAUUAUUUUUAAAUACAAGGAAUGUUUUGGAA